AGCCAUCCACCUCCCACCACUUCACGAAAGCACCCUCGUCUUCGGCUACCACCAGAACGACGCUGGCUGCUUCCUCAUCGUCGCAUCGCAGUACUACAGCAUCGCAUUUGCAACCGCAACCUACGGCCUCUACCUCCAGCAUCGCCGCUGCUGCCAGUAAGCAACAACAUUCUCAUCAUUCACACCAGCACCAUCAUCAUCAUCAUCAUCAUCAUCAUCAAGGUACCGGUUCCGCUCAACAUGCUGCCCGGCCAAACGGUGGUGUUAGCACGGGCAGUGGCGGCGGAUCAUCAUCAUUGCCAUUGUCCCCGGCGCAUCAACAACAGCAGCAGCGAAAAUCUCGGGACCGCAGCGGUACCCGUUCGGGGACAUCGGAAGAGAAACAGGUUGCUGCGGCUGCGACUGCAGCCACGGCCUUAGAGCGAUCCUCACAAACGCAAUCUCUACCGCAGCAGCAGCAACAACAGGUCAAACAGCAACAGCAGCAGCAGAUUCGAACCACCAGAUCCUCGAGACUUCGAGCCGCUGCGCUAGAGAAAGAACGAGCUUCGUCGGCUGGCACGAAUGCAUCAGCAGCGCCAUCAGCCGCUAGCCGAGACACCCUGCAAAGCUCAUACCAACCGCAGCCGCGCCCGAGAGCAGUGCCCGUUAGCGGCAGGAAUUCGAAACUGCCUCUCCCUGUCGGUGGUGGCACCGUUAGCAAUAAUAAUAAUAUUUCGAGCACAAGCUACAGCAGCGAAAGUCGACUGUCGAUGAACAUCUCUACCGCGAGCAGCAGCAGUUCGUCGAAUGGUGGUGGAAGCAAACAGGCAACGGUGAAACAAGAGCUCGCAAAGAAAGCUUCCACGGCAACAGCAGCAGUCGCCGCCGCGAAACCGCGGCUCGUCCCGUCGAUAGCCGUCAGCAUGAAGCAAAAGCUUCGCGGAACGACUGAAACCAUCAAAAGUGAUAUUAAUCGUAACAGAACUAGUACUAGUAGUAGUCAGACAACAGUCACGCCGAACAGCAACGGAAAUGAUCCACUGCUGAACGCUGCUAAUGUCCUGAAUAGUAACGGUGCCGACUCGUCAGUUGGGAACAACAACAACAAAAUGACUGUAUUUAUCGAUAAAAAUAACCAACCAGCGAACGGCGAUAACGGAAAUGCUUUUUUUGAACGGGCUCCCUUAACCGGCUUCGAGAAAAAAGAACCACGUGCUCAACUAGAAUGGAUCGGAAGUUUAAGCAGCCUCGAUUCACCCGCACUGCUGAAUUCGCCGCGGAUGCGCACGUCGACCAUGAAAUCCGGCGUCCGAAAUCAAUUUGUUUUUAGCAAUACUGCUGCUGCUGGUGGCUCUGCUGCAUCAACGGCUGCCACCGCCGCCGUAGCCGCCGCCAUCUCAUUUUCAAAGGAUACCAAUGGGCUGAGUCCGGUAUUGAGCAGCGCCGGUGUCGAUAAAGAAGGAGCUGUACGGGACAAGUCGGACAAACGAAAGUCCAACCUGAAUCGAUCGCAGCAUGAGGAAGCAACGGAAAAACGCCCCUCCUCAGCCGAACGCCAGCAUCGCCAUAAAUCCGGAAGUACGCCACUGUCAAGCCCGGAGCUAGCCAAAACUCGAAGCCGCGCUUCGCCCAGCUCGUCGAGCAAGUCUUCACGGAAGUCAUCAAGCUCAUCGGAGAAACCAUCUGGUGGUCCCGUGCCGAUAGCGUUAUCGCCUUCAACGACUUCCGCUACGUCAACAACAGCAUCGCUUCGUCGACAAUAUUCCCCGUUGUUGCUGCAUCAACCGACGGCCAGCAGAUCUCUACUGCAGUCGCCGACACCUUCACUGGUUUCCGUCGCGACAACCCGGCCGGUACCAUCAUCUGUCCCUUCGAGCCCCGCAAAAUAUUCACCCCGACCCGAUGUCAGCAAAAGUUCAUCUCCGGUCGGGCCGCUGAAAAGUUCACCUCAUUUACUGCACUCGUCAAGUUCGAAUGCAACGCCGCUGCCUGAGGAUCCCACGGGAUUACUUCCAGUUGCAUCGUCUAGCAGUCGCAACAGUAUCAGAAACCGGUUAGACGUAAGAGUAGAUAGUAGAAUUUCCAGUGCUGGAAGCGAGCAGGAUGCGGACGUUCCGCCCGAAUCCCCGUUGGUACAACAAUAUUCUAAAUUUAGCCAAAUGUUAAAAUCGCCUACAUUGGAAAAAUAUGAAAUCACUAGAAGACCAUCACUGCGUUCCGCCUCGGAAAACGACCUGGAAGUGCUAGGGCAACAGGAUGUGCCAUUGGAUUUGGUUGAACCACAGGAGAUGCCUUCGGAGGCGGUACUACUGCUGUUGGAUGAUGAAGCGAAUAAUGCAAGCGAAAACGCAGAAUCAGCUGCCGAUAUUAUUGUGAUUGGGGACGAACCCGAGCUGGAUUUGGAUCUGGUGGAGGCAGGACCUUCCGGAUUGUGUCCGAUUGUGAUCAAUGAUGACGAUCAUGUUGUUGAAAGAGAAGAAGAAGUGUUAUCGAACCGUCAGGCGUUGCGAGAGAUUAGAAGUGGUUCUUCCUCACCGACACCGGUCAAUAGAAUUUUAUUCGAUGAUAAGUUUAACGACGAGUUUGUCGUAAUUGAAAAUAGCCCCAAAAGCCAUUUUAUACAAUCACUAGAUGAGACUGACAUCAUUGUGAUUGGGGACAAUGAUGAGGACUACCCACCGAGACCGGCGAGCAGUAACAGUACCGGAACGGGUGCAUACGAAAAGAAGCUGGUCAAAAUGAGUUCAGUGGAACAUUUUGAGAGUUUUCGCCAACGCAAGAGCUGCUCCCCGCUUCGCAAAAAGAGUCUCUCGCCGAUCAUGAGAGCGAAAAGCAUGGAGGAAAACCAUCUGUCCUCGUCUGGUUCCUCGGCUUCCAAUCAUAUCGUAUCGAUCCUUAAACGGAAAACAGUCGAAUCGAACAGUUCCGCCUCAAGCAAUGCCUCACCGGUCACAUUCUCCCCUAGUGUGGUGGACACUCCAAUACGUUCCAACCGCAGGCAAGGGAUUCUUAAGAAACGCUGCUCGCUGGACGAAAGCAGAUACAGCCGAAGUCACUCUCCGGAUGACCGAAGCAUCCUGGUGAAACACACACGCCGCAACAGCUUUGAAGAUGGCACACAGCAUGGCAUCCUGAAACAGAAAAGUUACGAGUCCAAGGAGGACGUAUCAACCACCGGCGGCAGCACGCCCGCCGUGAAUGCAGUUGUUUCUCACGGAAUACUCAAAAGAAAAACCGACAGUUCCUCAACGUCAACCCCCAACGAACAACCGAAGCACGUCUCCAUAUCACAAGCGGUAAUCCUCGCCGCAGUGGAAAUUUGCCAAGACAUGCUGCUGGAUAACGAGCAUGAUCACGAAAUUCGACCCAUACUGAAGUCAGACUCGCAGCCGCUACCGACACCGAAACCCAUCCUCAAGAAGAAAUACUCCUCCGAAUCGGAAGAAAUCCGUCCGAUUCUGAAAUCGUCCCGUAAGAGCAGCCGCGAGGAAAACUCCGACUCGGAAGAACUGAAACGAUCCAUCCUAAAGACGGACUCUCCGGCCAAACGGCGUUCCUUCGGCGAUCGAUCCGAUUCGCAGGAUUCCACUACCGUGCUCAUACGAAGUCGUUCGCUGGAACACCCGGAUCCGGUCCCGAUGGCACCGGUCGUUCCCCAGGUACAGACCAUCGAGAAACCAAUCAUUUCCGUAGCGGAGAGAAUCAAACACAUGGAAAAGUUUUUAUCCGGGCCGUCUAGUUCCGGUGCGGUGCCGAAGAGAAGCAACAGCACCAGUAGCAAUGCAAGCUCCCGGAGGGAGUCGUACCGGUUCAAGACACAGCCGGUUACUUCGACGGAGAUUGUGGGCGUUCAGCAACAAAUCGAUCGGUCGCUCGAAUACCCAGAUGAUUCCAACUCCAGCAUAGAAUCCAGCUGCAACCGUGAACAGACCGAACCGAGCAGUUCCGUUUCGGAACCACUUUGUCCCCGCGGUAGCCUUGAAUCGCUCAUCAGCAAGGAGAAGCAACCCGUGGAGGAUAAAAGUGGGGAGCUACUUUCGCCGACCCUCGCCACGGCAGAGUCGAACUCCCACUCGAUCAGCGGAGAGUUUAACCUAGCCUCGCUAAGCUCCGACAGUGGCAUUCAGUUUGGCCGGGGAACUGAGGAAACAUCCGGCGCAGAUAACGUAUCGUCGGUGAAAACAAGUGACAGUGAAAAAUCUCCUUCGAAGAAAACUAUUGACGACGAUUUGAACGAACUCGAAGAGGAGGAAGAAGAGGAACACCUCCAGAUUAUUGAAGAGACUGAAGGACAACAGCGAAUUUUGCUAAGUCCAUCCAUCCCGACGGAACGGUCGGCGGAAAUUCCCGGCAAUCGGAGACGCGUCGUUCCUAGGAACUCCUCGUCCAGCUGUUCCAGCACCAGCAGUUCCGGUGAAUUGAGUGAUCGGGAAAGUGAGAAAAUGUACAAGGCCCCCAGUGGCCGCAGUCAGCAUCAGCAGCAACAUCAGCGAGAAGAUCUGUACACGCCAGUUAGCGAUCCGGACGACGAUUCAACUGGACGGCCCCGGUCCAACAGUGUCCGUGCCCGGGCUAACAUGUUCCAACAGAUGGAGAGUCGCAUGAAGGAGAACGAGUGUCCUUCGCUUCGGGGACGACGAG